AUGUAUUCUCGGUACCCUGCUGUAGAGGUCGUUCACGCCACAUCUGCACAAUCAGUACUGCCGGCCAUGGAUCGCAUUUUUUCCCUUUUUGGAAUUCCGGAAUAUCUAGGUUCAGAUAACGGCCCGCCUUAUAGUAGCACAACAUUUGCAAGCUAUGCCAAAUACAUGGAAUUCAAGCAUGGUCCGAAAAUACCCUUGGCACCAUGGACGAAUGGCAUGGUAGAGAACUUUAUGCACAAUCUCAAGAAGCUCUUGCAAACGUCUUUGCAGGAACACCUGAACUGGAGACACGAAUUACAGCGCUUACUGCGGACAUAUCGGGGCACUCCACAUACAGUGACGGGUCGCAGACCAGCAGAGGUUUUAUUCAAUGGCAGACAAUACAGAACCCUGUUGCCUGCAGCACGCCGCGCUGAAAGGCCAAAGUUCCACACCGAAAUAUCAGCCAAGAAGGAGGCAAGAUAA